AUGAGUUUGCCUGAGAAUGCGUCUAAACUUAGUAAUGAUGAGAUUUAUGAUAAAUUGAAAGGAUGUAUUUUUGGUGCUGCAUUAGGUGAUGCAGUGGGUCUUGCCACAGAAUUUUUAAGUAAAGAAAGAGCUAAAAAAUUAUAUGGCAUUGGUCCUAUAUCUUUUGGUAGUGAUAAAGGUUAUAAAUUUUAUGUUGAUAGACAUAGAGGAAAAUGGUUUGAGGGUGAAUGGACUGAUGAUACUGAACUCGACAAUAAACCACCAAAUGGAAUUGGUAAAACUGUUGGUACCGUAUUGAGACAUUCAAAAUUCAUGAGACAGCCACAUCGUGCUGCUUGGGAUACAUGGAUUCAAUUUAAUUGUAACAUGGCUGCAAAUGGUGCUUUAAUGCGUACUGCAAUAUUGGGUUUUCCUUUCUUUUGGGAUGAAAAACAAGUAAUUAAACAAACUUUACAAGCUACUAAAACUACUCAUGCUGACCCAAGAUGCUGCGUUUCUAGUGUGAUUGUUACUAUUUUAAUUUCAAGAUUAAUUCAAGGAAAUAUACAAGAAUCCCUUCCAGACUUAGAUGAUUCGACAAAGCAAAAUAUAUUGAAAAGCUUUGCUAAGCAAGUAGUAAACAAAGUAGGAACCUUUCUUUCUGAUAAAAAUGACCAAGAGACAUUAUGGUAUGAACGUCAGAAAAAAAUUAAUGCUAGUUUAAAUAGUUCAAAACAAGAUCGUGAAGUUCCAGAAAUUCCGGAUCCUUUACCUCCUGGAAUGGACACUUUCGGUGCUGACCCUGAAAUACUAGCUUUAACAAAAUCUGUAGUUGAUAGAUAUAAGUUCAUGAUCAAUACCGCAUCACCUAACAAAGUAGAACUUACAAAAGGCUCUCGAUUCAGUAAAUUUCAGACAGAUAUGAGCGAAAUUGCUCUUUUGCAACAUUGUUUUCCCGAUACUUUGGCUGAUUUGAAAUUGGAUGAAUCCUCAGGCAUUGGAUAUGUUUACAAGUGUCUUGGUGCUGGGUUGUAUUGCUUUACGAGAAAUUUGAACAAACAAAGUAGUGAAGGUGAUGCUUUUAAGAAGAUUAUCACGGAGCUGAUACUGGAAGCUGGAGAUGCUGAUACAAAUGGAGCAGUAGCCGGAGCUUUAUUAGGCGCCAGGAUUGGAUAUAAUAAGUUACCUAAAGAAUGGGUUGAAGGCUUGAAAUUUAUAGACUGGCUAGAAAAGAGAAUUGAUAGUCUUUGGUCUAUUUUAUCUAGUAAAGAACAAAAAUAA